AUGAGUCAUUGGCAACAAACUUAUACUUCCCAGUUUGUUGACUUUUUUGACCGACCUUGUUAUGAUUUGGAAAUUUUAAAUAGUACUUCUCUUAAAUUUGCUCGACCGGAAACACCAAUUGAUUCUUAUACUUCCGCUAAAAUUUCUAUUAGAGAAAAAUUAAGAAAUUCGCUACCUCCUAUUAAUACCUCUCAAUCUUCUCCACGUGCUAGAAAAUUACCUAAAGAUCAUUUGUCCGAUUCUCUCAAAUAUCAAAAUUACAAUUCGGGUAUUAUACGACCUACUGUGAUACCCGUAAAAGUUAUCGUUGACUCUGAUCAUGAUUUGUCUAAUAAAGUUCAAAAUAUCGGUGACGAAUUUGAUUCUGGAAAAGAUUUUGACAAAUCUGAUCAGAAAAAAUCCUUUCCAAAAGGUUUAAAAUCUCGUCGUCGUGCUACCAUUCCUUCUCGUGGAAUGUCUCUCCCUGUCACAAGUUCUACUUCAAUUAAUUAUGAUCAAAUCUUUAGUGAUCAAAAUAUUAUGGGUAUACCGGACCACCAAUCUGACGAAAUUAGUGCCGAUAUGUCUUCAUUGGGUCUAAGCGUUACUUCUCCAUGUGAUCCUCCUUCUUUAUCUCCUUGCUCUUCGACUUCUUCCAUUAGUUCUUCCAUUGGUACUCCAAGUCCUGCCCAGUCAAUUCAAUUUCAAAGGUAUUCUUGUGGAAAACAACUAACAAAUUCGUCGCAACAAUUUAAUUUACAAUUUCCUUCAUUCGGUUCGUCUGUUUCUCAAAUGGAGUCCUCCCCCCUUACUAUAAGACCAAAAUUGAAUGUUAUUACAGAGAAUCCUUUUAAUAAUGAAACCCGUUCUCUUUCAUUACCUGAUAUGGUCACUGCUUCAUCUUACGAGAAAAUGCCUCGGUCUCCUGCUGUUAACUUUUUGGCUAAUUUGGCCCAGGCUACCACAUCUAAAAUAAUGCCUGAUGAUGAAGGUCAACAAAUUGGCGAUUAUAUCAUUGGUAAAGUUAUUGGAAGAGGUGGUUUCUCUACUGUAAAGGAAGCCAUUAGAAUGGAUAAUUAUUCUGGAAUGGAAAAAGCUGCUGUUAAAAUCGUACUAAAAAAUGAUUCCGAUUGUAAUGAUAGUGUUCAGGUCCUUCUUGAAAGAGAAAUCUGUAUUUGGAGAGCACUAGAUCAUCCCAAUAUAGUUCCAAUGAUCAGUUUCCAUGAAGAUGAUUAUGCCACCUAUGUCUUUUCCGAAUAUUGCCCAGGUGGUACUCUUUUGGAUUAUGUAAAGAAAAAUAGUAAGGGUGAAGGUAAAGGAUUAGACGAAGAUGAAGCCCGUAGAAUCUUUUUAGAAAUUGCUGAGGGUGUAAGAUAUUUACAUGAUGAUAUGAGGCUGGUACAUAAGGAUAUCAAGUUAGACAAUAUAUUAUUAGAUAAAGAUGAUACUUGGAAAAUAUGUGACUUUGGUUUGACUGAAUUCCAAAAUGAUGCGAAUGGUUUCGCUAACCUCUCUCCUUGUGAUGAGGAAGCUGGUGGUUCACUUGCUUAUUGUGCUCCAGAACAAGUUCGCAGUAAAGUUCCAUUAAAGGAUCCUUCUGUUGACAUAUGGAGCUUAGGCGUUGUGCUAUAUGCCCUUGUGGUAAAUCAUUUACCCUUCAUGGAUGAUUUCGCACCACGUCUUCAACUCAAAAUAAUUAAUGGACGUUAUGAAGAAUCAGCUCUUUAUAAUGCUGGUGUCAGUGAUGACUUACGAGAUUUGUUGAAAUUAAUGUUUAAAACAAAUCCAAAACAAAGAUUAACGAUCAAUCAAGUCUUGGAGCAUCAAUGGUGCGAACAAUAA